AUGCGAUGGCAAAAGUCUAAGGUAUUCACUCAUGUAUUCCAUAUUUUAUAGUCAUCUACUAGUUAGUAUGUGUGAGGUCCUCAAUAUUUCAAACUAACAUCAGCUCACAAUACGAAAACUUGCACUAUUACGAUAAAAAACUGAACUUUGGAUCGAAACUAGAAGGGCUUCCUCCCUCCAAUCUCACUAGAUCCACGCUUAUCUCCCAACAAGUCACACGCCUUCCCCGAAUAUGUUAUUAUAUAUAUUCCUUGUUUGUAUGCUUCUCUCUUACACACAAACGCACCUGAACACAAGUUCAAUUUCAGAAGUUUCUAUCAGCUUUCAUCGCAAAUCGAUUCAUCCCGUUCAUAUGGUUGAUCCAUACUGGAUGGCAAACCACAAUUGUCAGUUUGAGCAAAAAAAAAAGAAGAGAAAUGUAUCAUUAGUAUAGGCGUGUGGGAAUGCAAAAUUAUGGGGACGAGAAGUUUGAGCGAACGUUAUAAUUCUGAUCGAUUCGAUUUCAGCGCCCGGAACAGCCAAUCGAAAUGGCGACAAAACGAAGACCAUCCAUGCGACAGCGCAUGAAGGCGGAAGACGUCUCCUGCUGGGUCGAGCACAACAAGGUACGUUCACUGGAUUGACUAGGAGUGUUACUGUUCAUGAACUAGAAAGACUUGAUGAAAAUUUUGGUAGUACCGUGCAGGUGAAUUACAAUAGAAAAGUCAGCAGACUUACUCAGGAUAAGUUACUGAGAAUAAACAAGAGGCAUAGCAGUAGAUCGACUAGAACUAUUGUAGAGUUAUUCAGGGAACUUAAAAAACUCUAGAAAUAGCAAUAUGUAGGUUGUUAGACCUGUAUGUUUUUUUGGGGAUGAGAGAGAGAGAGUGAGAAACUAUUUAAUUCUCUCCUUUCUCAUCCCCAAUCGGGGAGAAAAAAUCGGUGCUCUUGCAAUAUUUCGUGUCCACAAUCCUCUACACAAAACCUUUUCUCUUCAUCUCGCUUUGCAAUCCAACCCAAACCUUAGCCUUUGCUCCAAGCCUCAUGUGAUAAAGCAUCUAUUUUAUGAGUUAGAACACCUGUCAUUCUUUCUCUCUUACCACUACCCCAUCCCUGUUGAUUCUCAUCAUAAUUCAGCUCCUAUUUCAGCCCAUCUACACGCCACAAGAAGACGACGAACUGAAACACUACGUCAGAUUUGAUGUUCCACAGCCGAAGCGCACAGACGAUGAGAGUUCUGAUUCGCGGACGACGAUUGCGGAAGUACCGAUAUACCACGAUGGAGGAUACGGAUGGUUCGUCGUGUUCUGCAGCUUCAUCAUGCACGCCAUCUGCGACGGAGCCAGUUUCUGCUUCGGAAUUCUCUUUGUGACCAUUCAGAAGGUGAGAUUUUAAAGUACUCGACAUUCUAACAGUUGUGUUCUUCCUUUUUUUUUGGUUGUUCUAACUCUACCUGUAAAAUUUCAGCACUUCAAAACCAACCGAGUUGCCUCAAUCGCCGCCGCCUCCCUGUUCCUCUCUCUUCCACUCUGCCUCAGUCCAAUCGCCGGAAUAACUACUGACAUUCUUGGAUGCCGUGCUGCUAUUCUCAUCGGAGCCUCAAUUUGUACCAUCUCAUGUGCCCUUAGCAUCUUCUCCACUAACAUUUGGUUUUUCACCGUCACUUUUGGAUUCGGCUGUGGAGUUGGUGGGUACCUUAUUUGUUAAGAAAUAUGUAAUUUUAAAGAGUUUAGGUAUGAGUUUCAUUUACAAUGGCGCAAUCUGCAUUGUGACGUACUAUUUCAACAAAAAACGAGGAUUGGCGACAUCUUUGGCGGUGGCCGGUACCGGAUGUGGAACAUUCGUGUUCCCUUUAUAUAUUGCUGCGGUAAGAACUGCAGAAAUUUAAAAGAAACACCAGAAAUUUGUGUUCCAAUGUUUCAGGCUAUCACGUGCUUUAAACUGUUCUUCAACGAAUUACAGUCUAUUUUGCUUGCCUUUACCUUCGCCUACUUUCUGAUUGGGAUUAUUGGCUAUGUAAUUAAGGAUGUGGAAUGGCAGUCUGACACCGAAGAGUUCAAACGCCAGCAGUUUGAAAAGAACUCGAAACGGCUCCGUGAAGACCUGCGGAAUAGUCUGGCCAAGAAAGAGAUCGGUAAAAUCCGUCGCGCCAUUUCCCUGCCGACCUUGAAAUACAUGAAACCCGACUCCGGAAGCAUCCAAUCUCUGUGCGACCUCGGAACUGAUGGUAAAGGGGAGAAGCCUACUAGAUCGAAGUCAGUGGCCGCUUUCGAAAAUCAGCACCCGUCGAUGCCCACGAUUCCGGAGUACAGUAUGCUGAACACUCGCCUCGCCAACUUGGAACAUUUGGAUUUGGAGGUUAUCUUGUCACUAUACCGAGUCUGAUUAUGCAUGUAUAACAGUUUCAGCUGGCCAACUCUCCGUGUACUACCGUCAAAGCCCCGCGCCGUCGUGUCUUGAGCAAGGUUUCGAUGAGUGUGGACCAGAUCAACGAGCUGGAUGAGGAUGACUUCAAGGUCAAUCUCCUUCUUUCGUCGACCGAUUCUUCUGAGAAGAGCGACACUGAAUCGAGUUCGGAUGACUCUGAAAUGAGCAACGACGGCGACUCCUCCAGCUCGGAACUGUCCGAGAAGAUGAUGGAGACCACCACGACACUGAAAAACAAGAAUCUCGCCGUCGCAACCACUCGUGCCGCGUCCUCCGUCCCUUCCUCUGCCCGUCUCCGUACUUCUCUGGCUCCUGGCACAGCCAACGUUUCUGGAGGAAGAAUCAUGGCAGGUAACGCGAUCCAGAGCCAGAGCCGAUACGCUAGCAAUCUGCUGACGAUGGGAAAGAUUCCGUCUGCUCCGAUGCUAAUUGUAAGAAAGAAAAGAAAACACAUGAUUGACAAGAUGAAUUUGGCAAUUUUGAAAAGAAUGACGGAGAAUGAAAUUCCUGUGUAUCAAGCAACAAUGAAGAAUCACUCAUUCAGAUAGUAAGCUGUCGCACCCAAUCAUAGGAUUCAUACCAAACAUUUUCAGUCUCGUCGCUUCUGUCAUCUUCCUCUACCUGGUCCUGGACGUCCCAUACGUUUGCUUUUACGACUAUGCCCUCGAAGAACUCCACAUCCCCGAGAACACUGCCUCAGCCAUCUACUCCGUCAUCGGUAGCUGCAAUUUCGUCUCAACCAUUGUCUAUGGAAAACUCUCUGAUUUCGACACUGAUCACAAAUUCAUACCGCACCUCUACUCUGCUUCCAUGAUCGGCGUCUCGUUUACUAUGGUUUCCGCUAUGUUCGCUUUUGCCGGAUGGCAGCUCAUUGGGUGUGGAGCUUUUUUCGGAAUCUUUGUUACUGCCAACUACGUUCUUCAAACGAUUAUGAUCACCAACUGCUUCGACGAAAUCCACAUGUUCCAAGGAGCUUAUUCGCUGAUCGGAAUGGUGGAAGGCAUUGCUUCUCUGGUCGGACCCCCUAUCUUUGGUCAGUUGUUUUGCAAUAGAGGGGUGGGGAGUAGUUCUUAAGCAGAAAUGUAAAAUCUAUUCCAUCACUUAUUUGUUCGAUUUCAGCUUUCAUCCGUGAGAUGACCGGCAGCUACCACGCUGUGUUCAUUCUCGGCGGCGUCUGUGCCUUCUUUUCGGCUGUCUUUGCCUUCCUCUACACAAUCGAAAAACGAAAGGAACAAGUCAAAGAUGAUGUGGAGGCCGCCAAUGCAAACGGAGCCGCUAUAGAUGGAAAGAAUGAGUGAGCUUCCUCGUUUUUUUUGCUUCAAGCCAAUAACAUGAAAUUUGGCAGGUCAGCUGAUGGAAAAUCUCGUCAGAACGGCAACCAUUCGGGACCAGAGCUUGAGAGUCUUCUCGACGUUUAA